AUGACCAGCCCACUUGUAACGCGGCGAAAUGGCAAAACACAAGCAUGUGAGCCUUGCCGUCGGCGAAAAGUGGCCUGCGACCACAGCUACCCAGUCUGUCUUCGGUGCAGUAGGCGGCGUAACGGAGCAUCCCUGUGUUAUUACCUGUCGCCAGAUGAAGAGACAGUGUCAAGCGAAUAUCUUGAUUCCAGGCAAUUACUAGCACAUAAAUCAUCAAGGCGAAGUCUACAGUCUACAAAUGCUUCGCUUCAUUCUAGCGGGUAUGCCGGUCCAGAGGACAGGUUUUGGAGCUCUCCAGCCGCUCGAAAGCCGAUGGGUUUCUUUGGCCCGACCAGUUUCUCAGCAGCAUACUCGGAGACUGAGACUAGUCUGGCCGUACGCAAUCCUCCAGACAUGAGUGAGCAAAUAUCGUCCUCCGAGGCGACUUUGGGUGAUGGAACGACUCCUCCGUCUCUGGCCGAAAUCCAUGACAUGGCAGGCAGGGACCAAACAGCCACUCACAUUACCGUCAAAGUGUUGCAAGCGAUACCCGUGCCAGGAAACGCAAGCAGAGCUCUAUUCCCAGUCCAUGUCAAUCCCAACGAUGAGUGGAUGAUGAUGAUUGGCGAAAGACUAAUUGCGAGCACCUGGCAAACGUUUGGCACCUACUUGCGGGACAGGACAACAAACUUGGCUAAGCUACGGGAACUGAGUGGCACAAUCUGCAUCAACACAAGGAGAACUCUCAAGGAGGAUCAUGAAGACGCUCAAGCAUGGCUGGAGAGCUUCUCAGGACCGAAACUGCGUUGGGAGGCAGUCGGCAUCAUGUUCCUGUACGCCGCUCUUGGAGAGCUUCACGCGUCCACGAGCACAGAUUCGAGACGGCUCAUAAGCCAUUACACCGAAUAUUGCUCGUCUUGCAUUACUCUCGCGAACAUGGGAGGCAGUUCCGGGUCACUCAUGCUCUACUUGCUGCAUAAACGCUCUGUGCUACACGCAUGCAUGCAUGGCGACACCAGUCUUCCCUAUUGGAAAUUCCACUCCGAAACGGCUGCAAUGCUAACAUUCUCUGGCUUUCACGUCGAUCGAUCCUGUGGACCAUCAACGGCUUCUUCCAAAUCAAUGGCAUCAAAGGAGGCGCGCAGGCGUAUUGUGUGUCAGAUUUUCAUAGCAGAUAAGUUCUUGGCAGCAUUCGUUGGGCGACCCGCCCUCCUCACCCGAAGGUUUUGCUCAAUUCAACUGCCGCUGGAUCUGGACGAUGGGGCUCUGCUCUCUGACAAGGAGACUUUCCAAAGACACCUUUUACGUGUUGACAGUGGCGGAUGGGACAUGGAUGGUCGGCUGCAUUCAGCCUCGAUUCUUCGCGUUCGUACCUUGAUAGCGUUAGUACGAGAUGAAAUCCUUGAAAUCGGCCUCAGCUAUGUUGAAGAUCACGGCAUUGACGAUAUCAUCACACUAAAAAGAAAGCAGCUCGAAUUAUACAACACAUUGCCUGUCCAUCUUGUGUAUGAUCCUGCACUCGGAGAAUUGACGGAUGUAGAGGCUCAAACAUUCUAUUCGAAACAUGAGAUGAGACUCGACCACAUGCUCAACAUUUUCUUAGUCGAGCGGCUACUACUGAAGCACGGCCAUCCAAGGACCGACCUCUUGCGUACGAGUUUCGAAAUCGUCGUCCUGGCCUUGCGCCUAUGGACUCACAAGCAUAGAUGGGCGGAGAUCCCAGGAGAGAGUCAACGCCUGUUGAUUGGAUAUGCAGCCCCAGCCGGGGCAGUCUUGUGCAUGGAACUUGUCGACCCCAAUCCCAUGAACAUUACCAUCGAUGGGGACCUCAUUGCCGGCGAAGAUUACUCCAGAUCGUCCAUCAUUCAGCAGUUGAGCUUGCUCGUAGGCUUUUUGAACGCGCCGGACUUCUCACAUCCCAAUAGCUCAGUUGCGUCUGGAGUUAGGAGCGUUAUUAAAAAGGUGCUCGACUACGUUCUCAAUCCUACAAAACGGCUGCAGACGCCAAUGGGCUCGGAGGGCUUUGGCUUUAUAAGUGAUUGGGAUGGAUUUGCCCAGUUUGGCUCCUUGGAUAAUGUUAAUUGGUUCAGUCAAGAAUGGGGCAGAGAAGAUUCCAGUUGUCUGUAG